UCGACACUAUUUUUGUCUGAGCAUAUUUUUUUAAGGAAUUUUAAAAUCCAUUUUUAUUAACGAAAAAAUUUGUACUAAACAAUAAAAGCUCUUUUAAACGCUAAACAAUGGCUAAUAAAAAAUCCUUACGUCGUUUGCGCAAAAAAACAAUCGUUGAUGAGUUGGAUAACGUUGAAUCGGAUGUACCGCUGCGUACAAACGAAAGUAUGCUCGACUCAAAGUAUAUGUUUUUCUCACAAGAAGAUUUCCAGAGCUGGUACGAAGAGAUGUGGUCCACUACGGACUUGGAACAAAAAUCGAAAAUGCAAUUAUCACGCACAUCACUGCUCGUCCUAGACUAUUUACAAUUUAAGGCCGCACGCACUAUACAAAAAUACCUACGUCGUUGGUAUUACCGACUCAUUUACCAACGUAAGCGCACCGCUGCCAUACGCAUACAAUAUGAAUGGCGUAAAUUCUAUAAGAAACGUUUGGAGUAUCGUAAGCUGGAAGAAGAAGCCCAGCUGGCAAUAGAAAAAUAUUACUUUCGUCAAGCACAGAAGAUACAAGCGUUGUGGCGCGGCUGGUAUACACGUCAAUAUAUACACGAUCAUAAUAAAUUAUUGAAAUCACAAGUUCUUACGGCCGAGGAUCUAUUGCAUUGUGUGGCCUUUAAGUUGCAUCACAUGUUGCGCACCUAUCAAAUACCGGGUGUAUAUUCAUUGCGUAACUCUCAUUGCCUCUCCAAAGUCGAAAAGCUCUUGGCGGCCAUGUCUUUCAAACAACACAAUAAAUAUGUGCGUGAGCUUCGACUCAGAUUGGAUACUCAAAAACAUGAUGCACGCAAAAAAUUUAUUCAAUCGACUUUCAAUACAAUCGUGCCAUAUCCAGGACCAAAUAUACGCGGUUAUUGCGAUCCGAAAUGUGAGGCUUUUGAUAAGUCGAAGGAUGUAGAUCGUCGUAUGUAUAAAAUAUUGAAUAUGUACGAACAGGCGGCGCGAAGUGAGAUACGCGAAAGGCGGCGUUACCUUUUGAAGCCGCAAGAUGGUGGAGAGCGAAAAGUAAAGAAGAAGAGCGGGCCAUUCACAGGCUCGGCGAAGUCAAAACAACCACAACAACAGCAACGUAAUCCUUCAAUUGCUAUAGAAAAGAAACCAGAUUUCUGCGAGGACAUCGUAAAUAGCAUGAAACGUUGGAGUAUACUGAAAGAUAACAAUGUCACCGUAGAUCCCAAUAUAUUUCGACGUCCGGACUUGUUGGAGAACUUUCUACAUGAAAUUGAAUCCAUUUAUAAUAUGAUGCAAGAACAUUGUCAUUGUAAAAUUAAAAAUCCGGAAGAGCUGUGCCAUUGAAGCGUGAACACUGAAAGGCGUAUUGAAAAGUGAGGCGAGAACGAGAACGAUAACGAGAACGGAAACGAAAAAAAAGGAAUAACAGAAAAAACAGAAUUGCAUUUUUCCCCUCCUGAGCAUAUUGAAAAUUUAUAACCUACUGAAAUCUUUUGGAAUGACACUCAAUACACGCCAGUCUUGUUGUCGUGCUGUCACUCGCAGUGCUUGUCAGUGUUUACUCAUCUUUUCUCCAUUUGCAAUGUUCAGUUAAUAAAAGGUUCAUUGAUGCUCAACUCCCUGUCAUUCGGAAAACCCCCUACCGUUUAUUGGUCGUAGUCGCUUGAGGAGAUUUCGCACACGUCAAUAACAUUGAUUUUAAUUGUUUUUUACCAUUUGUCCCCCAUUUCGUGUCUUACAUGCCAUUUAUCACCACUCUACUUGCUGUCUUACGAUAUUCUUUAAUGAAAAAUAACAACAGAAUGCAAAAAAUA